AGGGUCUUAAUACUACUUGAGCCAAAGGAGUUUCUACAACUCUGUAAUAACCCGCACCACUGCUCAGCUCUCUUGCCAUUAUAUUACAUUGAGAUUAGGUUGUAUUUUGCCCAGGUUAACUUAAUAUUUGUCUCUGAAUGAAACAGAGGGCAAUAGAACAUCAUAAGCUUCUACUGAUCAGAAGUUCAAUACAUUUCUAAGUUCCCCUUUCUAAAUUAACAACACAAACUCUUACAAUUCUUCUGCACCAGUCAUAGUUAGAUGCUCUAUGAUUCAGAAGUGAAACAAAGACGUGAUGCUGCUGGGCAGUUUUUGCCAUGCAGGUACUUACAUAUUCUUCCAUGUCAUUAAAGAUGUCAAAGAAAAUUCUGAAGAACCACCUAAAAUGGUAACAAUGGAUCCAGAAAGAUAUCUUGAAUUAAGUCAUGAUGGAAUGAGGCAGGAAGGAAGAGUGUAUUCUUCCUAUUUUCCCCAUCUAUACAUUUCUCUUUGGGAAAAAGCAGACAACAGGAACAAAAUUUUCUACCCAGAUCACUAUUAGUUCAAUUGACAUGAAUUAGAGAUAUGAAUGAGUGACCUACCUACAUAAAACAUCUCAAAAGUAAGAGUGUAAGGAUUAGGCACAUCUGAAUCCAAGUUACAUUUUUCUAAUCAAUAAUUAUUGUUUACUGUCCAAAAUAGCUUGAAAUAGUGUUAGAUAUAUUAUUCUUCCAAUAAUGCUUUAUUAUACUAUCACUUUCUAAUUAAAAUUGUGAAAAGGCUCUAUUUAAAAAAGUAUACGUAUCUGGAAGGAAAUUAAUACUAAAGAGUUUCAUCCUAUUCCUGUGAAUCUGAAACUCUGAAGGAAAGAAAUUUGAAUCUACAAAUUCAUUCUAUAUUUCACAUUUAUUCUUCCACAUUUUGAAACAAGAAAUGUUGGGGGGGUGGGAAGCUAUGUUCUUUUUGUGAUUUUCUAUUUCUGGUCAUUUAGGUAUGGCUUGUCAGUUAGGUCUACAGAGUUUCAAAAUGGUUUAUAAUUUCUAUCUGUAUAUGGGUUAUAAUUUCUAUCUGUAUUGUUGUUCUUAUAUUUAUUCCUCCUGAAAAACAGGUGCAUCUUCUGCUCACCAUGUCAUGCAUUUGUCUCUUGGGAGAGUAGGUGGUUCUCACAAAUAUAAAAACUGUUAAGCUCUAUAAGACAGAAAGAAAUUCAGCAUUAAAAAAAUCCAGUAGCCAAAGUGCAGCAAAAUGUAAUGCUGCACUCUGCUAAAAUAACCUCCCUUCUUCUCCUGACACUUCUAUUGAGUACAUGACAAUGUCUGUACAUUCCCCCUCAAGUUACAACAACAGUAUUUCCUAAACCUGGCUGAACAUCUUAGAAAGGAAGGCAACUUUUAACCCCCCAGUAUUCAUUUCAUUAGAUUCAAGUCUGAUACUAAAUUAUCAAUUUAAAAAAGAACUCAAAAUUGGUAGCAGCUAAUUUUAAUUCCCCUACAACUGUCAUGGUCUAAAAAGAAGGUUUAGCAACCUGAAAGAAACCUACACACAAAAGGAUCUCGUGACAUAGGAGGAUGACUAGUUAUGUAUUCAAAAGUCAAAUACAAAUAAAAUGAAGAAAGACAUACUCAUUUUUGUACAAGCUGGCAUUUCAUCUGUAAAAGACAUCUGUCACUUACAUAUGGCACAACCCUCAGCAUAACAGGGAGAGCAUUAUUAAGUGCUGCAGAGCAAAUAUGAAGCUCAAAGAUAGGUCAGACAGGGACAGGGACUUUAAGAGGACUUCAUUUCAUCAACACCAAUUCUCUGCAUAAUCUGCAAAAUGCAGGCUCCAAAAAGGUUUCCUAGAAGAGUGCAAAAAACCCAAACAGUGCAUCCAUCAAAAAUUGUUUCACGGUGUCUUCAGUUUGGGGUUAACCAAAAUACUGUAAUUAUUAUCAUCUAUUUGUGUGUUUUCUCCUCAUAUUCACAGAAGCACUUGAUUCUUUCUUGAGAAAAAAUGUUUUUAAAAACUGUGGCAGUCAGACCUACAAUGGACAAGUGAGCACUGGCACUUCCCCCUUUGCUACAAGGGCAACCAGCAGGUUUGAGACAUACUCAAUACUCAACAAAGACCAGGUUUUCAGGAGAGCUCACGUGUCUCACUCAAGCAUCAUUAAGUCUGUGCAUUGGCUAAUUGAGUGUAAGAAAAAGAAAUAAAAAAGAAAGAAAAAAAGAGGCCUUAACUCCCUCUAUUCUUUACCAUUUUGUUUAGGAUUGGCCUCAAAGUCAAAACCUCAGGAAAUAUUUUUCAACUCUUUCGCUUAUAUACCACUGUGCCAAGAGAUCUUCAAGACCCCUCACUUCCCAUGGGAUCAGAGAGGACGGAGAUGCGCAAACGGCAGAUGUCUACGACCCAGGACACCCCAAGUGCUGCACAGGCUCAGCUCAGCACAGGAAAUCGAGGGUCCAAUGCCUGCUGCUUUUGUUGGUGCUGUUGCUGCAGCUGCUCAUGCCUUACUGUUAGAAAUCAAGAUGAAGAGAGAGCAAGGACAACAUCUCAUGAACUACAAGCAGAGGGUAUUCCAAACUGUGAGGAAAGCCCUGCUCCUACUCUUGAAGAAGUAAAUGCCUGGGCUCAGUCAUUUGACAAGUUGAUGCUUACACCAGCUGGCAGAAAUGCUUUUCGUGAAUUUCUACGAACAGAAUUCAGCGAGGAAAACAUGCUUUUCUGGAUGGCCUGUGAGGAACUAAAGCAAGAAUCCAACAAAAGUGUCAUUGAAGAAAAAGCAAGACUAAUUUAUGAAGAUUAUAUUUCUAUCCUUUCUCCAAAAGAGGUCAGUCUGGACUCCAGAGUAAGAGAAGUGAUUAACCGAAAUAUGCUGGAACCCUCACAACACACCUUUGAUGACGCACAGCUUCAAAUCUAUACCUUAAUGCACAGAGACUCUUACCCACGGUUUAUGAACUCUGCUAUUUAUAAGGACUUGCUUCGGUCCUUAUCUGAAAAACCUGUUGAAGCAUAGAAUUUUUUCUUAAAUGUAUUUGUUUUAAAACAAAUGGAACUCUGGGCUACACAAAUCCACAGGGAAUUUAGCAUUAAUCAGAUAUCCACCUGAAAAUAACUCAGGCAAGUUUUACUACAGACUGAAUUAUUUAAAUCCGCACUGACAGGCUCUGUCACAAUCAGCUAAAUAUGGUUUCUGAUCAAAUUCAGUGUUAUUUUCCAAAAGGGAAUGAAAACAAUGAAGAGAAAAUGUUGUUCAAAAAUGCAGUAUUUUUUCAAACACAGCACACAACUCGGAAGCAAAAUUGUUACAAUGUGUGUCUGAGGUACAAAUGCCAACUGAGCAUGAAAACUAAAAUUAAUUUUUAGUGGAGUGUUAGAAUUGUCUUGAAAAUUAAAUCAGUUGCCCCAUUCAAACUGUGACCCAAGUUAAAAAUAUUACUGUCAAUACUGUGUUACUUACUCCAGGCAAUGCCAUCAUACCUGGCAUAGGUACACUCCACUUGUUUUGGUAUAAGUAACGUGUACACGGUGUGCUAACGGAAAUCAGCACAGCAAUCUCAAGUUUAUGAAAGUUGCUGGUUGAAAUAAUGCUGCCUAUAAAAAAAAAAAAACUUUUGAUGAAGAGUUAUUAUUUUACUACAAAAAUCUGCUGAAAGCAUUAAGUUCCUAUAGUUGAUGUUUAUAAAGUUAAAUUAUUUACUUCAGAGGAAGAUGUGUCUGGGCAUUCAAAUUCCAAAAUAAAGCACAAGAAUUGUCACAUAUUCUUCUUUUCCCUCAGUAGGUAUAUGUAAAAUCCUUCACUAUUCACUCCCAAGAGGAUAGCAGUAUCAGCCAUCUUGGUUUUGUACAUAUUAAACUCCCCCAUUACCUGACAGAUCUUAUAAGGUUUCUAUUACCCACACACACAAUUUAAUUAAUAAAAGCAGAAAGCUUGAACUGUUGUGUUCUGACACAGCACUAUUUCAGACUGUCUGACAGCACCAGCUCUAUCCAGUAAUAAACCAUGUUCAUUUACU